CAGAGCGGUUCCGGAACACAAACACUGGUCCUGCUCCUCGUCUAGGGUCUCCGUGUCUCCGGAGGAUGGCUCACCGCUACCUGCGGCUGUCCGCCGGCUGCUCGAGCACCUUCCGGCUGCUGCCCUGCAGGGCUCCGGCGCGGCGGGUGACAUGUUCGACCGCUGCGGGACAGGUAGAGAGGGGGCGGAGCCUGCUGAGUGACCUGCUGGGGGUGUACAGGAGGCUGGACUCCAGACCACCUAAAGGUUUUGAGAAAUACUUUCCAGGAAGUCAGAAAACUGCAAAAAACAGUGAAGCCGAAGCAGCAACCAAAGAGGACAAACCUGCUAACGGUCAGAGAUCUUCCGGGAGUGCUGCAUCAGGAGGAGGAGCAGGUGGAGGAGGAGAAGGAGGAGGUGCAUCAGGAGGAGGUGCAUCAGGGGGGGGUGCAUCAGGAGGAGGUGCAGGUGGAGGAGGAGGAGGAGGAGGAGCAUCAGGAGGAGGAGCAGGUGGAGGAGGACAUGGAAAACGAGGAGGCCGUAGGGAGGAGUCACAUUGGUACAGCCGUCUGCAGAAGGGCGAUGUUCCCUGGGAUGAUAAAGAGUUUCGGAUGUACGUCCUGAGCGGAGCAGCGUUCUGGACCACCGUCACCUAUUUUUUCUUCUUCAGGGACGGAGGACGAGAGGUCACCUGGAAAGACUUUGUCAACAACUACCUGUCCAAAGGAGUGGUGGACCGGUUGGAGGUGGUCAACAAGCGUUAUGUUAAAGUGGUGUUCUCUCCGGGGAAGACGCCGGUGGACGGGCAGUAUGUGUGGUUCAACAUUGGCAGUGUGGACACCUUUGAGAGGAAUCUGGAGACGGCUCAGUACGAGCUCGGCAUCGAGGGGGAGAACAGACUGCCGGUGGUUUAUUCCACCGAGAGUGAUGGCACCUUCCUACUGAGCAUGCUCCCCACGGUGCUCAUCAUUGGCUUCCUGCUGUUCAUGCUGCGGCGGGGCCCGGCGGGGGCGGGGCGUCCCGGCCGGGGGAUGGGCGGGUUGUUCAGCGUCAGCGAGACAACAGCGAAGCUACUGAAAGACGAAAUCGAUGUGAAGUUCAAAGACGUGGCGGGCUGCGAGGAGGCCAAGCUGGAGAUCAUGGAGUUCGUCAACUUCCUGAAGAACCCCAAACAGUACGAAGACCUGGGCGCCAAAAUCCCCAAGGGAGCCAUCUUGACGGGUCCUCCAGGAACAGGAAAGACUCUUCUGGCCAAAGCAACGGCCGGUGAGGCCAAUGUACCGUUCAUCACCGUCAACGGCUCCGAGUUCCUGGAGAUGUUUGUGGGCGUCGGCCCCGCCAGGGUCAGAGAUCUGUUCGUCAUGGCGAGGAAGAACGCGCCCUGCAUCCUCUUCAUCGACGAGAUCGACGCCGUGGGACGGAAGCGAGGACGAGGAAACUUCGGAGGACAGAGCGAGCAGGAGAACACGCUGAACCAGCUGCUGGUGGAGAUGGACGGGUUCAACACAGCGACCAACGUUGUGGUUCUAGCAGGAACCAACAGACCGGACAUCCUGGACCCGGCUCUAAUGAGACCCGGACGCUUCGACCGGCAGAUCUACAUCGGUCAUCCCGAUAUCAAAGGUCGAGCGUCCAUCUUUAAAGUCCACCUGCGUCCUCUGAAGCUGGAGGUGGACUUGGACAAAGACGCUCUGGCCAGGAAGAUGGCCGCCCUCACACCUGGGUUCUCAGGUGCCGACAUCGCCAACGUCUGUAACGAGGCGGCUCUGAUCGCCGCUCGACACCUUUCAGACGCCAUCAACCAGAAGCACUUUGAGCAGGCCAUCGAGAGGGUGAUAGGAGGUCUGGAGAAGAAGACUCAGGUCCUACAGCCGGAGGAGAAGAAGACAGUGGCGUAUCACGAGGCCGGUCACGCCGUCGCAGGAUGGUUCCUGGAGCACGCCGACCCUCUGCUGAAGGUGUCCAUCAUCCCCAGAGGGAAGGGUCUGGGUUACGCUCAGUACCUGCCCAAAGAGCAGUACCUGUACACCAAAGAGCAGCUGCUGGACCGCAUGUGUAUGACUCUGGGAGGCCGAGUCUCUGAGGAGAUCUUCUUCGGACGGAUCACCACGGGAGCUCAGGACGACCUCCGAAAGGUCACGCAGAGCGCCUACGCACAGAUCGUUCAGUUCGGGAUGAAUGAGAAGGUGGGUCAGGUGUCCUUCGACCUCCCCCGGCAGGGUGAGAUGGUUCUGGAGAAACCGUACAGCGAAGCCACGGCUCGUCUCAUCGACAGCGAGGUUCGAAUCCUCAUCUCCGAGGCGCACCAGAGAACCCACCGACUGCUGAGUGACAAGAAGCCCGAGGUGGAGAAGGUGGCGCUGCGGCUGCUGGAGAAGGAGGUUCUAAGUAAGAGCGACAUGGAGGAGCUGCUGGGCAAACGUCCAUUCGUAGAGAAGUCGACGUACGAGGACUUUGUGGAGGGAACCGGAGGCUCGGACGAGGACACCACGCUGCCCGAGGGUCUAAAGGACUGGAACCGGGAGAGGAAGGACAAGGAGGAGAGCCAGGAGGACCAGGUGGCCCGCCAGAUCUCUGGAGGAAUGCCUUUCUAGAACCCGGGGAUGGAUUCUGACCCAUUACUCUCACAUGUAUCUCACAUAUCAUCCACUUCUGUGAGCGACCACCAUCCUCCACCAACCCGCCCGCCAGAACUUUGGUUCUCUAGGGUUCUCCAUCAUCGCAGUGGAGACCAUCACACUGACCUCCGCAUGGUUCUAGAACCUCGUGGAACCAUCACACAGUUUAUGAAUGUUUGUAACAACUGCAGAACACUGGGUUCCGUCUAAGGCCUUCCUUGUGAGGAACCGGGCUGUUAAUAAAUAUUCUACAGCUGAACAUGUCUUCAAAUAUGAAAAUCAAUCUGUGAUCUCCAGAUCAGACCUCUGAGCAGGAAGGUCGGAGCGGGUUCUCUUCUGUUCUCUUCUGUUCUCUUUGGUUCUCUUCUGUUCUCUUCUGCUUUCUUCUUCUUAAGGGGAUCUCCUCGUUUUAACUUCAGCCGUCAUGUUGUUCUUCCACUGCGACAUGAAUCAGUGGAACCCGACCUGAGAUCAGCUCAAUGCGGCGCUGCAGAGCAACAGCCGUCAGAAAACAGAAGCCGGCGGUUUGAACCCCGGGAUUAAGAACUAAUGUUCAGACGUCAGUGUUGUCCACGGACAUCAAACCUCCCGACCCUUCUGUUCCUCACAAACUAGAACCCGCUCUGACUCCUAGAACCCGCUCUGAUUCUGAGAACCCACUCACUGAGUAAACUAGAAUCAUCUCAUUGAGUUAACUGGAACUCGCUUUGACUCCCAGAACCUGCUCUGACUCCUAGAACCCGCUCAUUGAGUAAGAUAUAACUCGCUUUGACUCCUAGAACCCUUUUAUUGAGUAAACUAGAACCCGCUCAUUGAGUAAGAUAUAACUCGCUUUGACUCCUAGAACCUGCUCUGACUCCUAGAACCCGCUCUGACUCCUAGAACCCUUUCAUUGAGUAAACUAGAACCCGCUCAUUGAGUAAGAUAUAACUCGCUUUGACUCCUAGAACACACUCUGACUCCUAGAACCUGCUCUGACUCCUAGAACCCACUCUGACUCCUAGAACCCUUUCAUUGAGUAAACUAGAACCCGCUCAUUGAGUAAGAUAUAACUCGCUUUGACUCCUAGACACUCUGACUCCUAGAACCUGCUCUGAUUCCUAGAACCCGCUCUGACUCCUAGAACCCUUUCAUUGAGUAAACUAGAACCCGCUCAUUGAGUAAGAUGUAACCCGCUCUGACUCCUGGAACCAUUUCAUUGAGUCCUUUUUAGGAACCUUUUUUCUCAAUCGUUCACACUUCUAAGGGUUCUACGGUCUGUAAAGGCCCGGACACUGCGGGCGGAGCGGGUGGUGCACCGUCGGCAGUGGGCCGGGAGUUCAAGGCCACUUCAGCGUGUUGAAUCGUGGGCGGAGCCGUCGGUGAGGGAAAUCCCUCUGAUUGGCUGUUGAGCUUUAGCGAAUCAGUGCAGGAGAAGAGAAACAGAAGCUGAUUGGUGAGAACCAGCUGGUACAGGACCAGUUGGUCUGAGGAAACGGAGAACCGCCACCUGCUGGUACGGAAACGUACUUCCUCUCAGCAGCAGAACGUCUGCUGGUCGGCCGCCGGCGGUAGUCUUCAACAGAACCCUCAUUGACAUCUAGAACAUUUCUCUGAGUUCUACUUCUACUGUUUAAGGUUCUAGAUCUGGACCCUGUGUUCUCUGGUUCCAGUUGGUCCCUCAGUGAAGGUUGUCGUGGCCUUAGAACCUGGACCUCUCAGUAGAACCACCGAUGGAUGAACGAUGACUUUGUCUUCAUCAUCAGCUUCGUCGCUGUCGCCGUGGUAACUGAAUGCUAUAAUAAAAGCUAAUGUUAGCAUGUGGUGGAUUAAAGCAGCUCAGUCCGUGCUGAUCGGUAUUGAUGAGUUAUUGAUCGGUAUUGAUGAGUUAUUGAUCGGUAUUGAUGAGUUAUUGAUCGGUAUUGAUGAGUUAUUGAUCGGUAUUGAUGAGUUAUUGAUCGGUAUUGAUGAGUUAUUGAUCCGUAUUGAUGAGUUAUUGAUCCGUAUUGAUCCGUAUUGAUGAGUUAUUGAUCCGUAUUGAUGAGUUAUUGAUCUGUAUUGAUGAGUUAUUGGUCGGUAUUGAUGAGUUAUUGAUCCGUACUGAUGAGUUAUUGAUCCGUAUUGAUGAGUUAUUGAUCCGUAUUGAUGAGUUAUUGAUCCGUAUUGAUGAGUUAUUGGUCGGUAUUGAUGAGUUAUUGAUGAGUUAUUGGUCGGUAUUGAUGAGUUAUUGAUCCGUACUGAUGAGUUAUUGAUCCGUAUUGAUGAGUUAUUGGUCGGUAUUGAUGAGUUAUUGAUCCGUACUGAUGAGUUAUUGAUCCGUAUUGAUGAGUUAUUGAUCCGUAUUGAUGAGUUAUUGGUCAGUAUUGAUGAGUUAUUGAUGAGUUAUUGGUCGGUAUUGAUGAGUUAUUGAUCCGUACUGAUGAGUUAUUGAUCCGUAUUGAUGAGUUAUUGGUCGGUAUUGAUGAGUUAUUGAUCCGUAUUGAUGAGUUAUUGGUCGGUAUUGAUGAGUUAUUGAUCCGUAUUGAUGAGUUAUUGAUCCGUAUUGAUGAGUUAUUGGUCGGUAUUGAUGAGUUAUUGAUCCGUACUGAUGAGUUAUUGAUCCGUAUUGAUGGCUUGCUAUUUAAUGUUCCAGCAGAGUGUCUGCUGGAACAUUAUGUGUAAUAACAAUAAUGUGUAUAUGUGUUCAUGAGUCAAAUGUUUUAAUAAUUUGAAUAAAGUCAGAGAAAUAAAUCAAUAAUAAA